AGUCGGAAAGGAAAGAAAAUAGAGACCAUAAAUUCUUUCAUUCACCAUUCUCUUUGAAAGUUCGCACGGCACCUUACUGACAAAACAAAGGAUAAAAAAACGAACAGAUAAGAGAACACUCGACAAUGCACUUCUCUAAAAUCAUCAUUGCCGCCACCCCGUUGAUCGGGCUGUCUGCAGCCAGGCCUAACCAGCAACCAUCUGACAGCAUGCCUCCUUGGCCAUCUGACAGCAUGCCUCCAUGGCCAUCUGAUAGCAUGCCUCCUUGGCCAUCUGGCAGCAUGCCUCCUUGGUCAUCUGGCAGCAUGCCUCCUUGGCCAUCCGAUAGCUUCACUCCCCCACCGCAUCCUAGUGGUACUCCUCCCCCAGAGUUCCCAGGUGGUAGCAACGGAUACCUCGACAAACGUGAGGACGACGACCACCACCGGCCUCAUCCAUCUCACUCCCACCGACCCCAUCCUUCUCACACGCGUCGCCCUCACACUAGCGGAACAACUAAGCCAGUCCCUGGAGGCGCCAUCACUAGUCUCCCUACGGGAUUCAAUACUGGCUUCCUCGGCGGUGUCCCCUUUUAAGUUAUGGAUGAGUAUGAGAUCAUUACGGGAAAUUGAGCUAUUUGAGCCCACUCACUCGAUAUCUCGAUCUGUUCAACUGGUAGUCGGUUUUCAAUUUUCUUCUGCUACUUGGCUAUGGUGACAUUUUUUUCUUCACUUUGCUUUCUUUCGGCAGCAAUGAUGUUAUGUUAUAGAUUUAAGAAAGAGCCAUUCGAUAUCCGCUUCUUAAAUCGAUGUUCUUUUACGUCUUCCUGCAUUUGGAUAACAGGAUGGGAUAUAUCUACGGCCCGUCUAGUUAAGACCAUAUGUUGAACUUAACAUCAUUGAAUUAAUUGUCUUUUCAAUAUAUU